ACUCUUGCAUCUGAAAGCAGGAGAGAAGCAAGGACUUCCUGUGUGAUCUCGUUCAGCUGACUACAGCCUAGCUUCCUCUCCGGGAGCUUUCUGCUUCUGCAGACCGAGGACGAGGAAGGCUUGUGAGGGUUGCUGCAAAACUCCGAGAGCCGCCCGGGACCUCCGUGCACCAGAAGUAAUAGAAGCAACCAUAAAUGCGGAUCGUUCACAGCCGCGGGUCAAGCUUUUCCUGUUUCCCUGCCUCAAAGCGACUCCGCGCGCCUGCCUCGGCUCAGCAGCCCUGCCGCAGAUAGCCUCGGUGGAGCGGGGCUGAUGGCCGUGGAGCUCCUACCGGCCUUCACCAUCGCCACAGUCACCCGUCUGAGUGCCCGGUAGAGAAUUACGGUCUAAAACUUCGCCUUUCAGUCGGCUGUAGUGCCGCAGGAAGCUCGAGGGGGAAGUAGCGGCAGAACGAGGCGCAGCAUCGCACCGUGCAUGGUGCUGCGGUUUGGGGGCGAGUGGAUGCGCAGACGGAGCUGACCCAGAGAUGGCUGUUCUGAAACUGGCCGACCAGCCUCCUCUUAUCCAGGCGAUCUUCAGCGGAGACCCUGAAGAGAUCCGAAUGCUGAUAUACAAAUCUGAAGACAUCAAUGCCUUGGAUCCAGAUAAACGCACCCCGCUGCAUGCGGCAGCAUUCCUGGGAGAUGCAGAGAUCAUCGAGCUCCUCAUCCUCUCCGGGGCCAGAGUCAAUGCCAAAGAUAACAUGUGGCUUACCCCUCUGCAUCGCGCCGUGGCAUCCCGCAGUGAGGACGCCGUGCGGGUUCUGAUCCGACACUCUGCAGACGUGAACGCGCGGGACAAGAACUGGCAGACGCCGCUGCACGUCGCCGCCGCCAACAACGCUCUGAGGUGUGCCGAGGUCAUCAUCCCACUGCUGAGCAGCGUGAACGUGUCGGACCGCGGCGGGCGGACCGCGCUGCACCACGCCGCCCUCAACGGCCACACAGAGAUGGUGAACCUUCUGCUUGCUAAAGGAGCGAACAUCAACGCCUUUGACAAGAAGGACGGCCGAGCACUGCAUUGGGCCGCUUUCAUGGGUCAUUUGGAAGUAGUGCGUCAGCUGGUGAGUCAGGGUGCAGAGAUCAGCUGUAAGGACAAGCGGGGGUACACGCCUCUUCACGCUGCAGCGUCCAGCGGACAGCUGCCUGUGGUCAAACAUCUGCUCAACCUGGCGGUAGAGAUUGACGAGGCCAACGCCUUCGGCAACACGGCGCUCCACGUCGCCUGUUUCAACGGCCAGGACGCCGUCGUCAGUGAGCUGAUCGACUACGGCGCCAACGUCAGCCAGCCCAACAACAAAGGCUUCACCCCGCUGCACUUCGCUGCUGCCUCCACACACGGAGCACUCUGUCUGGAGUUCCUGGUCAACAACGGGGCUGAUGUUAACGUGCAGAGCCGAGAUGGGAAGAGUCCUCUUCACAUGACAGCGGUUCAUGGUCGUUUUACCCGCUCACAGACACUCAUCCAGAACGGUGGAGAGAUUGACAGCGUGGAUAAGGACGGCAACACUCCGCUUCACAUUGCCGCCCGCUACGGCCACGAACUCCUCAUAAACACGCUCAUCACUAGUGGAGCGGACUGCACAAGACGAGGAGUCCAUGGGAUGUUUCCUCUCCACCUGGCGGCCUUGAACGCUCACUCCGACUGCUGCAGGAAGCUGCUGUCCUCAGGCUUCCAGAUAGACACCCCGGACAGCCUCGGAAGAACGUGCCUGCACGCAGCCGCUGCUGGAGGUAAUGUGGACUGUGUCAAACUGCUGCUGAGCAGUGGGGGGGAACACAACCGCAGAGACAAAUGUGGCAGGACUCCGCUUCAUUAUGCAGCAGCCAGCCGUCACUUUCAGUGUCUGGAGACCCUGGUAGCUUGUGGCAUUGAUAUUAAUGCGACCGACCAGUGGGGGCGCUCUGCCCUGCACUAUGCUGCUGCCUCAGACCUGGACAGAAGGCGGCGUGUUGCCCUGGAGCCAGAGAGCGAGGGAGUGCAGGCGGAGAGGGAGAAAGAGGCUGCGCUAUGUUUGGAGUUCCUGCUGCAGAGCGGAGCGACGGCCUCGGUCAAAGACAAACAGGGCUACAGUCCUGUCCAUUACGCUGCCGCCUUCGGACACAGGCACUGUCUGGAACUGCUGCUGAACAGAGAUGAUGGACCUCAAGAAGAUCCUGAGUCUCCUCAUGCCAGGAGCCCUCUGCACCUCGCUGCAUACCACGGCCAUGCCCAGGCUCUGGAGGUCCUUCUACAGGGGGAGAGGGAGGUGGACCAGGCAGACGAGGCAGGACGGACCCCUCUGGCCCUGGCCGCCCUCCGGGGCCACACCGACUGCGUUCACACGCUCCUCAGCCAAGGGGCAUCGCCACACUCUAGUGACCAGCAGUAUGGCCGUUCACCUGUUCACCUGGCAGUGAUGAACGGCCAUACGACGUGUGUGCGCCUCCUGCUGGAUGAAUCGGACUGUGCGGAGCUCAUUGAUGCCGCUGACUCUCAGGGACAGACUCCUCUGAUGCUGGCGGUGGCUGGAGGUCAUGUCGACGCCGUGUCGCUGCUGCUGGAGCGGGAAGCCAACGUCAACGUGGCUGACAGCCACGGCCUCACAGCCCUCCACCUCGGGCUGCUGUGCGGUCAGGAGGAGUGCAUCCAGUGUCUGCUGGAGCAAGAGGCCUCAGUGUUGCUAGGAGACUCUCGGGGUCGCACCGCCAUCCACCUGGCUGCCGCGCGAGGCCACGCCUCCUGGCUGAGCGAGCUGCUGAGCAUCGCCUGCUCAGAGUCGCCCUCUCUGCCCCCACUAAGAGACCACGGCGGGUACACACCUCUGCACUGGGCCUGCUACUAUGGCCAUGAAGGGUGUGUGGAGGUUCUGCUGGAGCAGAAAGGCUGCCGGUGCAUCGACGGCAAUCCGUUCACUCCUCUACACUGUGCGGUGUUGAACGAUCAUGAGCCGUGUGCGUCGCUGCUGCUGGAGGCCAUGGGGUCGGACAUCGCUGGCUGCAGUGAUGCUAAGGGCAGGACUCCUCUUCACGCCGCGGCGUUCAGCGGCCACGUAGACUGCAUCCAUCUGCUUCUUUCCCAUGAUGCACCUGUGGACACCGCAGACCAGUCAGGCCGCACUGCACUCAUGAUGGCAGUUGAGAAGGGCCGGGCCGAAGCUCUUGACUUGCUGUUGACCAGCGCUAACGCCAACCUCAGUCUAACAGACAAAGAUGGCAACACCGCCCUGCAUCUGGCUUGCAGUAAUGGGAAAGAAGACUGUGUGUUGUUGAUCAUGGAGAAGAUGUCUGACUCUUCACUCAUAAAUGCCACAAAUGCAGCGCUGCAAACUCCGCUCCACCUGGCCGCCCGCAGUGGCCUGAAGAAGGCGGUCCAGGAUCUGCUGUCCAGAGGAGCCAACGUCCAGACGGCCGAUGAGAACGGUCUGACCCCUGCUCCGGCUUGUACUCCUAGCAGAGAGGUGGCUGACUGUCUGGCUCUCAUUCUGGCUACCAUGAUGCCUUUCUGCUCCCCUUGCAGCUCUGGAGCUCCCUCCCCAGGCUCCCUGCUGAGGCAGCUGCCCCACCAGGGGGGUAAAGGCGUGGCCGCCGGCCCUCGGGGACCCCGCAGCCCCAGGAACCCCUCGGGACCUUCCAGCGAGGGAACUACUGAGAACGACUCAGAGGACUCUGAAACGUUUUGAUGAUUCUUACCUCGAGUUGGUCACCCGGACUCCUCAGCAGAACGGUGCUCCUGCCAAGCAGAGCGGGACGUUGGUCAGCAUGGAGCUCCAAAGGGAUUCAGUGUUACAGAAAGAAGCAACUUUACAAUCAUCAUUCACAGAUAUUACAAAAAAUAUAUAUAAAAUAAUAAUCUCAGAAAAUAAUUUCUAAUUUAUUCUUUAAAUAAUUUAUAUUUUCAUUAGCUUUUUUUCUUUUCUUUUCUUUUUUUAAUGAAUCAUACUUGUCUGAAUCUGUUACAAACUAAAAUUUAUUUUAUUUUUUUCUAACAACCAGGCUUUGUUCCGCUGCGAUGCGUUCUUGGGAUUUUGUGCGAAACAUGAUCAACUUUUCACGCCUUAUGAAAAAGUCAAAUCAAAAUGUAACUUUCUUGACUUUCAAGUUUUAGAUUAUUGAAAAAAAAUUAGUAGUUUAUAAAAAAUAAUGAGGAAUCUAUAAAUCUAGGAUGUUGAUUGGCCAUUGCACCAUUAGCUGUGUUUCCACUGUAGGAGCCUCUUUCAGUUACUCCUCGGUUAAAAUGUUAUUCCUGAAAGUCAGAGCUUUUUAGUUUUAUCCAUUUGGUGGCUAAACAGGACGCCAGGAUCGGAGCAAUUAAUUUCAAAUUCUUCUAGUUAUAAAUUAUAAAUUUUACAGUUCUACACUGACUUUCCUUAGCUUUGAAACUGGAAGCACUAUUAAAAAAAAAUCUGAAAUCAGUGCUGCAUUAGUCAGUUUUUUUUUCUUGGUUUGAUUCUGGGCAAUAAAUGAAUAACAACAUAUAUCGCGAUAGACACUUGAUCAAUAUAAAUAUUCAAUACAUCCAGUAGAAUUUUCAAUCCUUUCAUUGAGCUCCGAUUCAGAACCGAGCAGCAUUCUGGGGGAUGUAGGCAGAGGAAAGGCUUUAGCUGGCCAGCUAAGCACAGUUGAUGACACCAACAAACUCACUUACUCUUUGGUUACCUAGCAACAACCUAUUCAGUAACUUGCUCAGCAGCAGUUUCAUGUUUCACCCCCGAGUCUCACUGCUCACUGCUGAAAUGUAAAAAAAACAACAGCGUGCAUUGCAAAGAAAAAAAGCUGGAGAGGAAAUUGUGAAUAAAACAGGAAAGGUCACGUCACCUGUCUGGCAGUAUUUCACAUAUUUAAGACAGAAAAACUAAUCAAUAAUUAUUGAUAUUGAUUGAUUUGAAACCCUUGUAUUGAGUCACAUCUUUCAGUCAUAUCAUUCAGCCCUACAGUGGAAACACAAACGGUUAACAGAUGCAGUUUGGGAGCCGAUAGCUGAAACGCGUGUGAGUUUAAAAGCAAUAAGAUGACUUGCUUAAUUUUUCUGAACAUUCAGACUUGACUGAAAUUAAUAUUAAGAAGUAGUAUUUUUUUAGUAUUGGUUUUUUGUUAAACAGAUGACGUAGUCCAGCUGUUACACAGUGAACCCUUGGGGCUCCACAUCCCCACAUUGCGCCUGCAGACAGUUCCUCUCUGACUCUCGGAGCAGGACGUCCGGCUGCUCUCCUUUGUUUCUUCCCUGGACCGGCGCCUGCGGCCGGCCGGCCCACUCAGUCCCCGAACGAGGACAGCUCCAUCUGCACCGGCCUCAGCGCCGGUCUGCACGCUUACACUGACUGACGCCGCAGUUGGUUCUUACGCUCAGGUGGUGCUUCAAUGUAAACUAACCUCGGUACUUAGCAUCUGCAUGGCAAAGCCAUGCCUCUCUGAGACGAGGUUUCUUUUUUUUGUAAAAGAAAAAAAAAAAAAAGCCAUUUUAACUGUUUGUACACAAUUAAGAUUAUUCAGAAAUUCCAGUGUAGUUUUAGGUUUUUUAAAACUUGUACCAAAUAUUUGACUUCCAUGCAUAGAUAAUUGCCAUGUACUGAAGGGUUACAUGAGCAGGUACUUUUUGAAAUGUUUUACCAGCUUAAAAGCACAAGUUUGGAGUUGGCUGUGUGGUUUGAUGAAAUGUGAGCAGUACAGCCUCAAUGAGAUGCUUGGUAGUUUAAUUUUCACCAGGAGAGAGUAAGAGAGAGAACGGGUACAUCUCAGUUCCACCAACAGAAAAUGUCACGCACAUCAUUGGCUGGAUUUAACCGAAAAUGAAAGGUUUUACACGGUACGAUAUAAAUGUGUUACCAACUCUCACUCUUACGGAGUGAGAAUCGAGGCUUUCCUGUUUCUCAUGCUGUCCUGUCUGAUCUUACUCCAAAUAUGUAAGUGUUUUAUAAUCUUGUCAUAUUUCAUAGGAGUCAGCUGGUCGGAACCGAAGUUAAAUGAGAAUAGGGUGUAAUGUUGAGAUUUUUAAAAAUCUCAGCAUUAAGAAUAUGUGGGAUUUGAGCAUAUUAACAAAAUCAUUAAAAAUACUUUCCAUAGAAGAACAUUGGUACAACAGAGUUACGGGUAUAAAAAAGAUUCAGGAUGAAGGUACUAGACUUACAUAUUAGCAUAGUAACAUUUCUUAGAUCUUAGUGUAAAGUCCUAAGAGUUCUCUUAUAUGGGAAUCUCAUAUUUUCUACCAGGAAAUUCUUUAUUUUGGCAGAAAACAGAAUCUGAUCCAAGUGAGUCGCCUAAAAUGUCUUCACCAGCAGAUCUGUUGAGACAGGAGAAAUACGUCAUUGCUACAUGAAUCUUUAAUGUCUUCAAACUUUCAAAAAUUCUCCUUUAAGGAACAGAAAUUGACACGGGCGGGGGACACCAGACAAACAAAAUAACUAUGAUUUGCGUAGAAUACCAACUGCCCUUAUUUUUAAAUGUCGGUAUGGGCAUUGGCCUUAGAAAACCCCAGAUUGGUUCAGAUGAUGUGUGGAAUGAUUCGUUGAGGGAACAGGUGUACCCGUCGAUGGAACGCAGUAUUUGUGCAGAUGUGGACGAAUCAUCAGAUUAUCACGUACAUCAGUGCGUUUUGUCCCGCAGUCUUAAAUGGCCUCCUGCACUUUGACCUCUCCAUGUGAACCACUCGGUUGUGCGCGUUUGCACACUUUAUAAUUCAGAGUAGCACGGUUUCCAGAUUCCCAGAAAAAGACCAAAAGUCUCCUGUGGUGAAAAUGUCUUCUUAGCUCAGUUCUUUGUGCUAUUUAUUAACUUCAUGAUGGUACAAAUACUGCCAGCACUUAAAUGUAAAAUUACACAGGGCCUUGACCACUCCCCCCUCCUCCCUCUUUUCUCACCCCCUUUUGUCUGCAUACCAGCAACGUGCCAUUGUCUCUAAUGUGUCCAGUGCCUUGAUGUUGAUUCACGUGGUUCGUUUUAUAAUAUUUUCUAUUUGUAAAUUCCGGAAAUGUUUUGUUUUUUUCUUAAAGGAUAAGUUCACCAAAAAUUCCAAAUAACUUGUAUGUUAAUAAAAUUCACUUGAAUACUUGAAGAUUCUCUCUCCUUGGGUUUACUGCUUUGACUUUUUGUUGGUUCUUCUCCAUAAAAAGAAAGUCACACAUCGGAAAACUUCACGAUUUUAAAAAUAAUCUGCCUGUUUCAAUCCGUGAAGAGAAUAUUCGAAAUGCCUUGAGAAGAGAUCGAGUUGCCAUGAGAAAAUCAAGUUAUGCUAUUGUGUGAACUUAUCCUUUAAUAUGUGAAGACAUAGAUUUUACUUUGAAUGAGAAAGUGUUUUUUUCCCCCACCUUCCUGUCUGGAGAUUUUCCUUUGUUUAGAUUUACUGCCAACAUUUCAGAUGAUGAGACCAAACUAAUCGGACAUGUUGAAUCGUCCCCUCUGCUGUUACUCCAAAUCAAAACCCACAUACCUGUACUUAUAGGUCAUAAUAAACAAAGGAGUACCUCCAGGCUUUUCUUUAAAAUUGUGUGUGUGUGUGUGUGUAAGUUGGCUUUAGGUACUGAUAUGAAAACGACUAGUCACAGCUUUGUAUGAAAACACUUCCUGUAACAGAUGGUUGACGUUUGGGUUCAAACAAUUAUGAACUGAUAAGCACACAGAUGGUGAACAAGCACAGUGUGUUUCUGCCUGCAAGGCUGAGUCUGGCCACUAGUAUUAUUAUUACUGGACAAGAAGAAGAAGAGCUUAGGCAGGCCUGACAAUCUCCAUCGUCACGUGUCUGAUGAUUUUCAUGCCAGUUCCUGAUGCAGUAUGACAUGCCGAGGGCCAUUUGUCAGCAACCUUUCUUUUAUAGUAGCUGUACAAAUAAAACUAAAAUCUGUUUGAA